AAUGAAAGCUAUCCUCAUAUUAGGAUUGUUAGUUUUUGGAAUUACUGCUGUAGAAUUAGAAGCAGGAGUGCCAAUUUUACUAAAAGAGAUUAAAGCAAUCAAAACUGAUCAUACUGAAUUCACAUUUUUAUUAGAUUUAGAACUUAGUCAAGGAGGAAAGGUUUCUGAAGUAGUUGCUUUAGUAGGUGAUUUAUUAGAGUAAAUGAAGAGAGAUCAAUUAAAUGAUGAUCUUGAAUAUGCUCAUGUAUAUAAUUGAUAAUAUAUAUUUGUUUAGAGAACAACUACACUUGGAUUGGAUAUUGAAUGGCUUAUUAUUGUUUUAAGAAAUCUUACAAAAGAGAGAUAAGAUAAAAAUAAUUAAUUAAGUGAACUCAAUUAAGUUCUUGUUGGAUUAUAAUAGUAAAUGGAUGCAAUUACAGAAUAAUUAAAUAUUUUAAAUGGAAAGGAAGAAUAACUUAGAUAAACAAGAGCCUAAGAAGCUGCUUCAUAUUAAGCUAGAUAAGAGAAUAAUGGUAAAGUAUUAGCAGCUUUAAAUGAAAUAAUUCCAAAAUUAUAAGUUGCAGUAUUUGAUUAAGAAGGAAAAUCAUUAUUAUAAACAGAAUAAUUUGAAAUUGUUGAAAAAAUCAAGAGAGAAUUGGGACAUAAUCAUCCAAUUGCAAUAAUGGUUGCAAUGACAACUAAAUUUGAUGUUCCAACAGUCAAAAGAAUCAUUGAGAAAUUAGAACAUAUUAGAAAUGCAGUAAUUGCCUUAAUGUAAUAAGAAGAUGAAUAAGAGACUUAAAGCUAAGUAUAAUAUUAAUUUAAAUAAUUUAAGAUCACUUUCUAAACAUAAAUUCAAGAGAUUGCUGAAUUAAGAGAGAGAUUCUCAAAAGACUUUGAAGUCACAUCAUAAUUAAUAAAGAAGAGAACCAAUGAUAAAGUAAAUGUAUAUUUAAUAAAUAGGUUCUUUUAGAGAAAAGAUUGACAAUAAUUAAUAGAGAUUUGAGUUUGACUGAAUAAUUACUUAUAUAGACUAGAGAAUAUAAAGAAUAAUAUGAUGCUGCUUAUGCUGUUAGAAAAGGAAAAAGGUAUUAGUUUAAUCUUAUAUAUUUAGAAUUUCUGAAAUAAAAACAGUUUAAUAGGCUUAUGAUUUAGUAGAUAAUCAUGCUAAAAAACAUAAGUGAU